ACCACCCCAAAAUCCAACACUAUAUUAACCAAUCACCACUCAUUUUCCCCUUCUCCGGCACGCAUCGGAAACUCAUAAAAUCGCCGGAAAACAAUGACGAUCUCCGUCACCAACGGCGCCGAUGCACCAAAACAAACCCUAAUAUUCUCAUACGGCACUCUCAAACAAGGCUUCUCUAACCACAAGCUAAUGCAAGACCUAAUCUCCAAAAACGACGCCGUAUUCGUAGGCAAUUACAUCACCGACCGCCGCCUGCCGCUCGUCCGCGGCCCCUACGGCGUUCCGUUCCUCUUAAACCUCCCCGGCGCAUCUCGCCACCGUGUCCGCGGCGAGCUUUACUCCGUUUCCGACGCCGGACUUCAACGUCUCGAUGUGCUUGAAGGUAUAACCCUAGGUCAUUACGAACGGCUUCCGAUUGCCGUACGGCCGGAAGGCUCUGACGCUGUUGUAGAGGCUGAAGCGUAUUAUGCUCACCGGAAUUUUGCGGAGGAUAUGUGGCGGAGGAGUGGAUAUGAAGGAUUUGAGGCGUUUAGUGAUGAGGUUGCGAAAGGUUAUGUGAGGAGAGAUUUGAGGCCUAAGGAUCGGAGUUUUCGUGAGCAGAUUACGUUGUUUUGUUCUUCGAGUUAGACCUAAAUUAUGAGUUUCUGGAAGAAGCAACCGGAGUUGCUAAUUGGUCUGUAUAAAUCUUCAUUCAAGCUUCAGCAUUGAUGAAUUAUCCUGUGACGUAAUAUCACAGCCGGAUUGCGGUGUAAGUAUGUACUUAUUGUCGAAAACUUGAAAAUAAGCUCAAUGAUUUGUAUUUCUAUGGGCAAAAUCUGCGACUAGAAGUCUGGAAUAGAAGCCACACUUAGAUUUUUACUAAAAUCUUGGUAGUGGCAAUAAUUUGUAUGCUGAUGUAAUGAUGUUAUGGUACUUCAUUGACAUAUCUUAAGAAUCUUUGUAACCGUGAAAUAUGCAUCUGCAAAUCCAUGUUGAGC